CAGUUAACUUCUAACUGUUGUUUGAACGUGAAGAAAGAAAGAAAUAAGAAAAAACUCAAAAAAUGAACUUCUCCAAAAUUUUGUUCGCUGUGUUCGCUAUCUUCAUGGCUUUUGCCGCGGUAUCCGCUGCACCCAACCCUAGAUGGAACCCUUUUAAGAAACUGGAGCGUGUGGGCCAGAACAUCCGUGAUGGAAUCAUCAAAGCAGCCCCAGCUGUUGCUGUAGUGGGCCAAGCUGCCACCAUAUACAAGGGCGGGAAAUAAAUAACUACAUCAUCAUCAUCGUCAUCAUCAUCAUCAUCUGUGACGCCAAAAGAUGUCUAUAAUCUGCUGGGAUAUGACUUCAUGUGGACAGCAUCUUUACUAACUUUUGUAUAAUAAUUUUGUACCAAAAAUGUAUGUAAAGUUAUGAAACGUGACGUGGACAAAUGCUCUCUGCUAGAACUACAUGAUUAAGGACAAAGCACACAUAACAAUCUAAAUAGGGAUCGUAACCGUAUCAACUCGAGGUGGUCAGUAUUCUUUGUAUGAAACUUCAUACUGCAA